CUACCUCGUGGGUAUGGCAGGCCUCUGUAGCUGCAGGCUCCUGCUGCUCUGGGCUGGAUUCGCUGCUUUGGCUACUUGUGAAGGAUACAAAGAUGAGUCAACCACCUCAAACACCUCAUUUCAGUCAAACCUUUCAACCACCAUAACUGUCAUUCCUGCUUCAAACACCUCAGAUCAGAGCUUACCCACACCCACCUCCUCAAACACAAGUGUUGUCCCUCAGAACCAGAACCAGACCACUCCUACACUCAACAACCUCAACACCACAAAGGCAGAUAGUGCCGCAGAUAAGUCAGCCACCUCACCCUCACGCACUGUGGCAUACUCAAAUACCAAAAGCCUUUCAACCACCAUAACUGUCAUUCCUGCUGCAAACACCUCAGAUCAGAACUUACCCACACCCACCUCCUCCAGCACAAGUUCUGUCCCUCAGAACCAGAACCAGAUCACUCCUCCACGCAUCCAGCCCAACACCACAGUGGCAGCUUGGAUCACAGCAGACAAUCAAACAACUGCUGGACCACCCACACCAUCUCCACCGUGUUCUUACCAAGUUCAACUCAUCCCGGGUGGCUUCUUGAUCAACAUGAUGAAUUCUUCUGCUGGAAACUACAUUAUUACCAUUACUGAAAACAACCAAGCAGAGAAAAAAGAAAAUGUUUUUGUCUCCAAUGAAACCUCAACACAUGAAAUCAAACAUUUGAAGCCCUGUACUGAAUAUGAGCACAGCAUUGUCCGUGCUGAUAGACAAAUAACCUGCAACAGCGAUGUAAAUAAAGCUAAAACACAAUGGAUUGAUGAUAUUAAAGACAUCAGCAACACUUCUGGAUAUGUUUGUUACCAAAGCGCCUGGAACCUCGACUCUUCAGUGUCACCACCAAAAAAUCAUCGAUAUGAGCAAAGAGAAGAUGGAAAAUUCUGUUUCAAACUUACUGAUGAGGAUUUUUGCUCAGAUUUUAACAUAACCUUCACUCCAGAAAACUGUAAUGUGACCUUUCAUCGCACCAGAUACAUUUCUGUUGAUUUCAUUGAUCCAAAUGCCAUCGUUCAGCAUGAACCCACAGGACUUCCUGCAAAAAUAGAAACAAAGUUACCUUCAAACUGUAAAAACUUCAUGGUGGAUUACACCUGUUCAGAAAGUGGAAAAGUCUAUCAGUUCAUAAAACUUUCUGAUGUGGAGCCCUUCACAGACUACACCUGUACUGGUCUGAUCCAGCACCAAAGUGUCUCCAUAAAAACUCCACGUCUCCAGUUUCAGAUCUUGUGUGAUCUCACAAUAACGUUCACAAAGCCUCAUGGAACCAAUACUUCCACUGAGCUGACAUGGAAAACAACCAGUAACAACUGUGAAGGUUUUCCCCAAAACUUUACGAGGUUUAGUUAUACUUAUAACUGCCCUAAGCCCUCUGGUACAGAACCAUGCAAAAGUAUCAAACCUGAUGGAGGAAAGUGUGAACUUACUGGACUGAGUCCUUACACUGAUUACACAUGUGAAAUACAGCCCACCUACAACAACAGCAAAGUUUCCAAACCAGAGACAUUUACCUGGAAAACUGAGCCUGGAACACCAGGAGCUGUCACAGAACUAAAAGUGACUAAUCCAGAGAAUAAUGUGAUUAAAAUAUCCUGUACUCAUAACACCAAAAAAUUUUAUGGACCUAAACGUAUAUACAUAGCACAUCUUGUUGGUGUCGGCAGCCUAACUAAAGACAGAUGUGAAUUUGAAUUCAAAGACCUGAGUUACUCUACAACCUACACACUGGAGGUGGUUGCUUUCAAUGGAGUGUUAAAGAGCAAACCUGUAACACAACAAGUUCACACUCGUUACAAUGACAAAGCUUUAAUUGGUUUUUUGGUUUUUCUAACCAUCAUCAUCAUCAUCAUCAUCAUCUCACUAUUUAUGGCCUACAUGAAGAAGCAAAAAAAGUCCAGAAACUUGUCUCACCAUUUUCUCCACAGGGAUGUGAACGAGGACAUGGAGGCUGAGGCAAUCUAUGUUAAUGCUCGACCUCCUGGAUGGAGAAAUCAAUAAAGUCGCCGGUGAAGCAAAACCUGAUGGAGCUGCAGACCAAACCAUCUUUUAUUUUUCUGUUCAGCUACUGAAUUUUUAAUCAUGUAGAAGAUGUUUUUCUUUUAUUGCUAACACAUUGUUAUAAGCAGUGAUUUCCAAUAUUAUGUUUAAUUUUCCUCAUUUUGCUCCAUGUCAGAAUUUUUAUUGUUUUUGGAAUAAAAUCAAUAGCAAAGUACAA